GGCAUUUACAGAGAAGCAGCAGCAGCAGCGACGGCUCCUCGGAUCCAAUGAGGAGGUGGAGAUUAGGCAGGAGAAUUGUGCUGAGGGGGUGAGGGAGCCCAGUACACUAAGUGCAUGCACAAACGGCCAGAAUACUGAGAGGAGUGUAAAGUGAGCACUUUUGUCAGAGCUCUUUGAGGGUGGCAGUUUUAGACCCUUUUCCACCUCACUCUGCCAAUCAUGCUCUCCUAUAGAAGAUACGUCCCCCAAAUCUCUGCAAGCAGAGCCCCCCAGAGUCUGUAUGAUGUCACAUCCGUUGCCCAGGUCUGAGCACCUCUCCUAGAAGCUCUCUUGCCGCCCCCCUGCACCUUUCAUCCAGCCCCCUGCUUGCCUGCUGCUGGGCUACAAACUUUGCCGGCUGGAUCAGCACCAAGGACAGCGCACGAUGUGGAGCAAGAAGCAUUGCUGAUGAGCUGGCCAGACAGGGGAGCAGUAUCAUGCAGUCUCCUCACAGCCGCCUCCUCCUCCUCCUCACCCUGCUCUCUCUGCUGGAGCCUUCCAAGACCCAGAUCAGCCCUAGGGAGGGUUGGCAGGUAUACAGCUCAGCCCAGGACUCUGAUGGACGCUGUAUAUGUACUGUGGUGGCACCGGAGCAAAACCUGUGCUCUAGAGAUGCCAAAAGCAAACAGUUGCGACAGCUGCUGGAAAAGGUCCAAAAUAUGUCCCAGUCCAUAGAGGUGCUGAACCUCCGUACAGAGAGAGACUAUCAGUAUGUGCAGAAGAUGGAGACCCAAAUGAAGGUGGUUAGAGUCAAAUUCAGACAGAUUGAAGAGGACCGCAAGACACUUCUAACUCGCCACUUUCAGGAUCUAAAGGAGAAAAUGGAUGACCUGUUGCCACUGAUCCCAGUUCUAGAGCAAUAUAAAACAGAUGCUCAACUUAUCACCCAGUUUAAAGAAGAGAUACGGAAUUUAACUGGAAUUUUGACCAACAUCCAACAGGAGAUUGGAGCAUUUGAUUAUGAAGAGCUGCACCAGAGAGUUCUAGGACUGGAGACAAGGCUCAGAGACUGCAUGAAAAAACUUACUUGUGGCAAAUUAAUGAAGAUUACAGGACCAGUAACUGUGAAGGCCUCUGGUCCAAGGUUUGGCGCUUGGAUGACUGAUCCAAUUGCAUCUGAGAAAAACAAUCGAGUCUGGUACAUGGAUGGAUUCACAUCCAGGAUUGUGCGGGAAUAUAGGUCAAUUGCAGAUUUUGUCACAGGAACAGAGUCUAGGACUUACAACCUUCCAUAUAAGUGGGCUGGCACUAGUCAUCUGGUAUACAAUGGAUCCCUGUUCUUCAAUAAGUUCCAAAGCAAUAUUGUUAUCAAGUAUAGCUUUGCAACUGGAAGAAUACUCAAUCAGCGGAGCUUGGACAAUGCUGGCUUCAACAAUGUCUAUCCAUACACAUGGGGUGGCCACUCGGACAUAGAUCUGAUGGCUGAUGAGUUUGGAGUCUGGGCAGUAUAUGCAACAAAUCAGAAUGCUGGAAACAUUGUCAUCAGUCAGCUGCGACAGGAUACACUAGAAGUUGUAAAAAGCUGGAGUACGGGAUACCCCAAGAGAAGUGCUGGAGAGUCCUUUAUGAUCUGUGGUACCUUGUAUGUCACCAACUCCCACCUUACUGGAGCCAAGGUCUUUUACUCAUACUCCACCAAGACCUCUACAUAUGAGUACACAGACAUUCCCUUUCACAACCAAUAUUUUCACAUAUCUAUGUUGGAUUACAAUUCACGGGAUCGUGCCCUUUAUGCCUGGAACAAUGGACACCAGGUACUCUUCAAUGUCACUUUGUUUCACAUCAUCAAGACAGAUAAUGAUGCAUGAUGUGGAACACAAUCCCUCCUUCAAAUGGAACACUUGCUUGCCUCUGAACAGUUUGUUCAUUCUCUGUCCAUUUUCCUUUUGUCUCAGUAUACUACAUUCAUUUCAUUUAUCCUUUAGAUGUUCACAGUAUAAAUUCCCCUGAGGAUUUCAUAGUUGUAUACUGUAUCAUACAAGAUAACAGUUUAAUAGAGCAGGACAUAUAUUCCACCUCCAGCCAUCAGUCAGCACAGUCUGUUCUACAGACAUAUAGUGUUAUAUCAAGCAGAGCCACAGAUAAAGAAAAAGGGGCCUAGGGCAAACCAGAAAGGCCAAGAGCCCCAGCUUCUGAAAUUAACUACAUAAAUCAAAGAUGUCUGACCUUGUUGGACUACAACUAUUAUCUUUGGGAUAACUGCAGGAUAGACACCCAAGAUGAUAAUAUAAAAAAUAUUUAUUGCACAUUGUAAUAAUAUAUAAGUUAAACACCUGCCAAGGAAAAUUACAAAAAUAUGGGAAACUGCACAGACAAUGUAUGUCUUGCACAAUCCCGGUGUAGAUCGAUUACAUUACAAAAGCAAUCUAGCAGGCGGUUUAUUUCUAAGGUCAUGUUUAAAGAACAGGGGCUUUGGGCAAAUGAUUGCUUACUGCCUAAGCUGCCCCCUCACUCCAUGGCUGUGGUUAGAGAGAAUUUAUAUGGAUAAGGGCUGUCCAACAUGAGGUCCAUGGGUCCGAUAUGGCCCCCCCAAGAAAUUUUCAUGAUCACCAGACUGGUCAUGAUAUCCAUUGCCCUUUACGGAUUAUACGAUGAUUAUAUUAUGUAUUAUAAUGAAUAAAUUACAUCCUGGAUUAAGAGAAACAAUAGGAUAUUCCAAUAAGAGAAGAUGCUGUCUUGAACACUAAAAGACAUGUACAUAUAAAGGAGACAUAAUGGUAAUAAUCACUUUGUGUUCAUCAAAUGUCCAAAUUAAUGGUUUCUUUUUAUUAUUAAGACACUAAAACAUUAACUGUAUCACCACUUUUAAACUUAUAUAUUCCUUUUUGUUUUUGCUAACAAGCCUUACUGCCAGAUUCAGUUUGAUUAAAAGAUAUUGUAUGGUUUAAAACCCAUUGUAAUGAAUCAAGAAUUAGAUUUGGGGCUAAGUUUAUCACAUUAGAUUCAAUGGAAUACAUUGGCUGACCUAAUAUCAAAUAGUCUGUUUCUUAACAGCUAUAAAGUGCCUGUCUGCGCAGUUCUCAUGCUAAAUAUUCUCAAGAUGCUGGCACAGGUUAAUUAGUAAUAGCGUUCCAGUGAUGUAGAAGUUGUGUGUGACCUAGCCAACCCCAGCAUAACUGUAUGUGCUCAAUAUUAUAGCAGAAGGUAAGGGUAUAAUUCUAAUCAACAUUAAGCUCAUGGUUAUUCUAUUCUUGACUAUAUAAUUCAGGGCCCCAAAUACAGAUAGAUCUGACCUAACAAACUUUGUCACACACAGUCACAUCAUUUUUCUCAUUAAAAUCAAUUUAAAGUCAUAUAAAUCUGUUCAGUCUGUAUUUUGAGGGUCAUGCCUUUCACCCUGUAGCUCUGGACUGUCACUGAUACCAUAUACGUCCUAAUGAGGGUCAGUAGGCAAACAGGUUUUCACAUAAUCACAUAAUUGCUGGCCCUAUGCAUUGACAUAUUGGUGGCACAGUGGUACAGACUGGUCAAAUUACUCAAAACAUUGUUUUGGGUGGUCAGAUUUAGGGGCAUAUAUAUAAAUGUGUGCAAAAUGGUAUACGACAAGAAACUGUGUUAACCAUUUGCCUGCCAACAGCAAAGAGGAGAGGGCUCAUUUACAAAUUUUUUAGGACAUAGAAUGUAGGGUGCAAAAUGCAAUUUCGCUAGUUUUUUUUUUUUUUUACCUGCAAUGCAGCAUUUUAUUCCGAUAAUUCCAGCAUAAUCAAAGUUGAAAGGAAUAAUGUGCCUAAUGCUUGCAGCUGUGCUUACACUUCACUGCAAAUCUGGCACAGUUGCACUGAAAAUGUUCUGAUUUUGGUACUUCUUUAUGAAUGAUGCCUGAGUCAGUUUCUUUAUACAUAAGUGUGCAUCAAUUAUUGACACAAACUGCCCAGGAACCUUCUGAGGUGGUGGCAGUUUCAGGAUUCCCCUGUGUCAGUAAACACAUUGCUGUGAUUUGCAAGAAGGGGCAGAAGGGGCGGGGCCUUACAGGCAGGGAAGUGCCACUAAUAACUGCAAGGUGCCAUUUUUUGACUCAAGUACUAUAGAAUUAAACAGUAUCUUUCGUAAACUUACUGCACUAAAUUUGCACAACCACAACUGCACUUUUUGAUUGUAAAAGAGCCCUUCUAUGUUGUUGGCAAGGAAGUAAACAAAAUGCCACAAAAGAAGAAUCUACAUUUUUAAUUUUCCACUUAAAAAUAAAACAUAAUGCUUAACAACAUGCUUUUCUCAUAGUGGCUACUGGUGCUAAAAUAGCUAAUAAAAGCUAAAAGCUAAAAUCAAUGUGGUAUAUAUACAUUGUAUAUAUAUAUAUACUGUAUAUACCACAUUAAUGCCACCAUUUAUGCCCUUAUUUUACAUCAGCUCCAACCUGGCAUAACCCACUAAGGUUACUGGGCACACUUGGUGACACUUGGUGACAAAUAUGCAUAAAAUCGUUAUGCAGCUUUUUAAAUACACAGGAUUUUACAUGGUGUUAAUGUGACAAUAUAUAGUGUGUUUCAAAGCCUUUUUUACACAGCUUUAUAAAUAUGCCCUAUAGAGUCUAUCACUUGUACAAGCAGCUCCUAGUACAGAGAAAGAGGCAGUAAAUAAUGAGUGGGGUUUAAGCUUUGUACAGAAAGUACAUGGUGGGAGAUUCCAGUUUCCUUCUAGAAGGGUGUGUAUUCAAGACAGUACAUUUAAUUAACGUUAAUAUUCAAGAAAGUACAUUUAAUUAAUGUUACUUUUAGGGCUUUCUCUGAUCUACAUCUGACAGGAAAAAGAAAGAACAGACCGCAGCAACUGUGUUGGUUUUCUACAUGAACAAAUGCUCAUGUCUCUGAGUAGACAAGAAGGGAGAGAAGCAGAGAUCAGAUAAGCAGCUGCAAUACAAAGAGCCAUCAUAACAUUUAUUCUUAAGCAUUUUCAGAAGGGAAUAUUGGUAAAGCAGAAGCGGCCAAGUUUUCGAUCUUUUAGUUUGAUCCAACCGUGGGUAUUGCCCAAAGCAUUGAAGAGGUUAAAUAGGGCUCUGGUGUUUUUCUCUGAAAUUUUAUCACUGAAUUAUCCAGUGGCAAGUUUAAUGAUCUGUAAUUAUAAAACCCUGAGGCGGUCUCAGCUAAUAAGUCAUAACGAUGGACAAUUAUCUGGUCUAUUAGUCCAGGAAAAUCUAUUAAUACCGUCUGUGUGUGACAAAGUGACUGCGUUACGUGUCAGUCUCCCACCUGAUAAAACAACACCAGGGUUAUUAAAAGAAACAUGAAAAGAAUGUAAUUUCUUAAAAGUUUCUGCCUGGCAAACUUCUAUUUCAUCUGGAGAUACUAGGAGAUCAGUAUAUUGUCAGUAGAUACAGGCUCAGAGACAAACAGAUUUUUAUAUAAAGACGGACCCAACCCUUGGUUAAGAUCCUGUUAAAGUACAAAUCCCAGCGACCCGCCACCAACAAACUCUUCCUAAUAUACCUCCUGUCUUCUACUUUUCAUACCAUAAGUGCAGGCCAAGGGCAGUCACCUCUAUUUACUGCCUCAGCUCUGCUGGAGGUGUGUAUAAUGGAACCCCUUUGUACCGUUACCCCAAUUCCAUCCAUAUAAUCUGUGUUUGUUUAUGUGUAAUACUGUCUUUAUGUACAGUAUCCUUAACUUACCUUUGUAUAUUAUUGCCUUUUAUGUUUUGAUUUCAUACAGUAUCUCUGUAACCGCAUCUGCUCCCUCCCCUUGCCAUAUCUUAUCUUCUGCCAUAUGCAUUCACCGUGCAAUCUAAUAUUCCCAUCUGCAUUACCUGGAGGAAAGAAAUAUCUGAGCCCAUAAAGGAUGGGGCCACUGGCCGAACUGGAUUUAUUUGCUUUAUCCUCUACUCACAUGGGUGGGCCAGAAAUAUAUAGUAUGAUCUACUAUCAUCAGAUGAUUAACUUUCCCAAUAAGAUCUUCUCUGCUGCCAGAGGGGACACCAGCAUUUGUCUUAGUGGACACGGAGAGAGUAAAAGGUGUUAACUGUCUCAUUGCUGGAAGCUUUAAAACAGCAGAUUGGUUUAACAGUUUCACAUAUGGAUCGUGCUACAUGACGCGCACCAAGUGACAUAUAUGGCUUGUAUAUUCUUCAAACUGGAAAAACAUCUCUGUUGUAUUUUAUAUUAUAUACCUAAUGGUAUUUAUCUAAUUCAUCAAGGGCAGACAUAGCUAUGUUGUAGAGCAAUACAUUGUUACAUGAUUAUAUCUAACACCUCUGUCAGUUGUUGUGUGUACACAAGAGGUGUAUAUGCAUACAUUUAUAAUGUAAUUCAUUAGAUGUGUAUGUCAGGGAUCUGUAAUGUCUGGGGCUUCAGCAAAACCUCAAGUUCCUACAACCCCCGCGUUAGCUGAGCCAUCUUGGGUUGGCUGGACAUUGCAGCAAUAGAUGGAAUGCAGUUGAAUGUUGUAUUGUGAUGUAAUAUUUUGACUCUUAUUAGCAGUGUGUUUAAUGCAGCUGCAUAGGGGCAGGGUAUAUACAUGAAACAUAUAUGAUUAUGAAAGAUAAGCUUCAUAAUUCAGCUGAACAUAAAGUACAAUUGACCAUUAUAUAGUACAAUGUACAUUUCUUUCAUUUCCAAACAGAUGGAGGAAUAUACUAAUCAACUUUUUAUCAUCACAGAAAUGCUUAUUCUAUGUCCAGAUUUAUACCACACUAUAUGCCACAAUACUUCAGAAAAUAUAGGAUGGCUCAUUUACCUGGUGCAGUUUGCAUAGUGCAAAAAAAUCAGUGCAAUGUUUUUUAACCCUUAAUAUUUACACAAAAUGCAGAAUUUGCCCAGAAUUAAAUCAUAACUGGGGGAACCUACAAAGUAACAGAAAUAAAUUCAGCACAAAAUGCAGGCAACUUCCCAGUGCAGCAAUGCAUUCAGUGUUUUGUAUGAUUCAUUAGGUGCAUGUCAGGAGCAUUUAUGGACACAAGAUGCAAAUGGACCUUAGAAAGUAACACCAAAUCAAGGCAGGUUUUCUACAUUGGGUCCAUGCACCCAGUGCUUUUCACUUUGUGUGCAAUUUAGCAAAGCAAGCUUAAUUGACCAAGGAGUAACUAUGGUUGUGCAGGUAUUGAUGCAAGUACCUAGUGAAUGGCAUUAGGAUGAAUGCAGCUUUGUUUCCAUUUUUGCACUUUUGCACUUUGGUAAAUAAGACAUUCUGCAGAUGAUGCACACUUUGCUUGGCAUCAUACAGCACAUCAUGGCAAAACAUAUGACAAAAUUCAUUUCAAGAGAAAAAGGUGUGACAAUAAUCUGUUUAUAUGGUUGGACAUGGUGAGCAUUCUCAGCCAAAUGUUUUGAGCUCCAUCUAUAUGUGGUAGCAAAAUCCUGCUAUUUAUGUAAUAAAGAUAAUACAUAAUAUGGCAUGGCUAUAAGCUUGUCCGCAAACAUACACCUAAUGCCAUAUUAAUAGCAGCUAUUGCGAUAUGUAUGUCUAUUUACUGAAACGGGUGGCCCAGUACCAUAACCUACAACAUCAAGUUUUCUAAUCAAUCAAUUUUUUUAGUAAAUUAAGGAAGAUAAAAUUGUGAUCCAGAAAACUUGAUCGUGUUUAAUCUCAAAUUUGUUUUCCACAAUCACGUUUCGAAAAAUGAAUACAUUUGCCUUUUUAUUUCUUGUUACUAUGGGUUAAUGGUACAAAUUGCAUUAAUAAUAUCACCAUAAUAUCAUGUAUGGAAUUAUGCUUAUUUGGAAAAGACUUUUUCUCAUUCGAGACAUGAAUGCUGAAAAAGUUUCCUCCAAAAAAACAUUUUGACAUUGCAGUAAAGCAGUGAAAUUAUGUUUUUGCACCAUAGAAGUUUAAAAUGCUGCAUUAAAUAAGAUGUUUAACCUGUUUCUCAUAUAGAGACAUGCUUGAUGUGACCCUCUGCUACUGGCUGCUUGUCUCUUUGAAUUCUUUGAACGUCUCUGCCAAAUGAGAAGGUGUUUAGACCUAAAUAACUGCUUCUGAUAAAUGAAACGUGUGACGCCUCCACUUCUGGUCCGCUAAUGAGAUAACCAUCAUUAGUAUAAAAUCUUAAUUAUUAUGAUACACGAGGGAGGAAUUUCUACCAAAAAAUGCUCUGUCACUUGUGUACCUUCCUUUCAAAUUUGUACCCAGACACUGUAUUCUUUUUCCUUCAUGAACUGACUCUUUGCAUUAACCAAACAUAAUGCUAGAAGCUAGAAGUCAGUGAAUCUUUCACCAGAAAUAGAAUGCACCCUGUUGAAUUAAUAGAGACAUGCAGAAUCUGUUUAUAUUUGACAAAGUAUGGAAACGCUCAUUAUACUCAGUAUAGAGGCAUUCCAGGCUUUAAGCAAAAUAAUCACAACAUAAUAGAAAUGGCCUAUUUUUAGAAAGCAGAUCACAAGGAUUAGAAGUGAGUAUUAGUUCUGUAGUUUUAAUCCAUAGCCAUAGUAUCUGGGACAGCACAGCUUUAAUCAGCAUUUUUAUGACAAUGACUAAAAGUCUGUUCUUUCAAGAUGUUCUCUGUCAGAUUGGCAGUAGUAGAACCCAGAGAGUGGUUAAUUGGGUUUUCCCAGUCACAAUACAUAUUUAAAAUAGUUAAAAGGUGCUAAAAACCUAAUUAUCGUGAUUUUCUCUCGGAAGAAAAUGUACUGACCACUCCCAGCUCCUUAUCUACCAGUUUGUAUGGCAUUUCAUUCCACUACCAAUUUACUAUGGCUUCUGUAAUCUGCUUUUAAAUCCAUCCAUGAUCCUGCUCCCUCCUAAAAGGAACUGUGAUAUUGAAAUAUGUGUUACAUUUUUGCCUUAACUCCAAAUCCUGGUGCUCCUACAGCACAUUUUUAUCUCUUGCAAGCAUAUGGGAGGGCACUGUGUACUUUUUUCUUGAACUUUGCAUUGUGUAAUUGUAUCUCUUCACUUCUGUAAAUGUCAGUGGCGCUUUUUUUUAUAAAAGCUAUACAUUAUACAGUCA